AUGGAUCUCCUUUUCAUUUCUGUUUUACUUACUGCUCUUCUCGCCGGCGUUUCUGCCGCCGUCACCGGCGUACCAAACAACGUCGUCGUUCCCUUCCAACAAAACUACCACAUCUUAUAUGGACAAGACCACGUUAAUGUGUUUGGUGAAAACAACACUGUUCGGCUCUCCCUUGACCAAAGCUCAGGGUCAGGAUUUGGGUCGUAUAAGAAAUUUGCCUCUGGAUUAUUUGAAAUGAGGAUUAAGUUACCACCAAAGGACACCUCCUGUAUUAUCACCAGUUUCUAUUUAACUUCAUUUGGCGACGAAUUUCAUCAUGACGAGCUGGAUUUCGAAUUCUACGGCGGCAACUCACUGCCGUAUCAACUGCAAACGAACGUGUUUGCCAAUGGGGUAGGCGGGAGGGAGCAAAAAGUUGCGCUCUGGUUCGAUCCGACGGCCGAUUUUCACGACUACCAGAUCCUAUGGAAUCAACAUCAUGUCAUGUUUUCGGUGGAUGGGAUCCCCAUAAGGGUGUUCAAGAACAACACAGUGCUAGGAGUGGACUACCCAUGGCGGCCCAUGCAAGUGGAAGCCACGAUCUGGUACGCGGAUUGGGCCUGCGAUGUGAAGCCCGAUCUGAGCAAAGGCCCGUACGUGGCAGAGUACCAGAGCUUCGACAUUGCAGGCUGUCCUGUGGAUGAUUUCAAUCCCAAUGGUCGGGAGCUGUGUUACUCUCCCAGAUUCUGGUGGAAUACUGGAAACAGGUGGCAGCUGGAUCCUCAUCAAGAACAGGAGUUCCAAAACGUGAGGGCAAAACACAUCAGUUAUGAUUACUGUCGGGACAGAGCUAGGUACCCUGUUGUAAGUCCAGAAUGCCAACCCAAUUCAAGUUUAUUGUGA